AUGUUUGAAGUUCUCCACUGUACUGACCAGCAGAAGGUUCUCUAUUCUACCUUCGAACUGGCAUGGGAAGCCAAAAGAUGGUGGACAGUGGUGAGCCUGCUUGAGAAGCGAAGAGCUAACCCAUAUGGUAUGACGUGGAGCCGCUUCAAGGAGGUAUUUUUCAAGAGAUACUUCCUGGUUUCCACGUGUGACGCGAAGGCCGAUGAGUUCUCGAGCCUGAUGCAGGGAACCCUGAUGGUGCAGAGAUAUGCUGUCAAAUAUAUUGAGCUAUCUCGUUUCAUGCCGUACUUGGUCUCAAAUAAGUAUAAGAAGGCUCAGAGGCCACAUGUCAUGGAGUUGUUAGGCACAGAGGAGCGAUAUGCCUGCAUAGAGCCAGACCGUGGAAGUAAUCAGCUGCCUCGGGGGAAUUAUCAAGCAAACAUAGCUUCAGCGAGGGUGUACUCCCUUACUCCAGCAGAUACAGAACACGCUAGGAACGUGGUGAUAGGGUAUCAUCAGGUGAGAGUUAGGACUAAGGAUGUUGCGAAAAAUGCUUUUCGAACCAAAUACGGUCAUUACGAGUUUCUGGUCAUGCCUUUCGGGUUGACUAACGCUCAGACGGUAUUUAUGGACAUAAUGAUCAGGAUUUUCUAUGAAUAUCUAGAUCAGUUUGUAGUGGUAUUCAUGGAUGAUAUUCUGGUCGCAUUUCUAAGCUAUGUAGUGUCGAAGGGGGGUAUCUUAGUUGAUCUUGGUAAGAUAGAAGCAGUGAUUGACUGGGUAAGACCGAAGAGUGUACAGGAUGUUCAGAGUUUCCUAAGACUGGUUGGGUAUUACCAGCGGUUUGUGGAAGAAUUCUCGAAGUUAUUGGGCCCUCUGACACGGUUGAUGAGGAAGAGUACAGGGUCCUCAAACUAUGUUUAUCUUCUUUUCAAGAUGAACCCUAGGGAUAGCAGCGCUUACGCCAAUGGUGAUGAUGGUGCAGGCCCCUCUAGUGCAGGCGGCGGUGAUUCAGACGCAGUUUUGCGUAGUGUAGCUCAGCAAAUUAUGGCUGAUCGCACGAAGUUCUAA